AGAAGCGUGAGCCUUCGCGGCACCCGUACCGGGUGACAUCAUCGUUAUCGUCUUUCCCUCUUUCUCCUUCCCCCCUGGCAGCGAAGAAAUAAAUAUGGCGGCGCCCAUGAAGGGAAAAGAGUGAGUGCGCUGAGGAAGCAUCCUGAAGAUAUUGACUUAUUCAUCGUCCAUACCUUCUGUCUAUAGUUACUGUUAACUAAAGCCUGUUUGGAACAUCCUGUUAUUGCGAGGGACGAUGCUGCGGACUCUGAAAAGGCUUCUUUGCCAGGGACGCAAGUUAGAACCUGACUGCUUUCUUCGGGGCGGACCCAGGGCCUGGCGAAGUACCGCUGUGAUCCAGGAUGCUCAGCUUUCUCCAGAGACCCCCAGAGCGAUCUUCCGUACCAAUGAGAGCGAUCCGGCCAAUCACACGGAAGAGCACGUGGGCCAGCACUACAGCAUCCCCCUCCAGGAGCUGAAGGUGAUAUUCCCGCAUGGACUCCCGCCACGCUUCCAGUUACAGGUGAAAACCUUCAACGAAGCCUGUAUCAUGGUGCGGAAGCCGGGUAUCGAACUCCUCAGCUAUUUAAAAAACACCAACUUUGCUCACCCCGCCAUCCGAUACGUCAUCUAUGGCGAAAGGGGCACGGGGAAGACCAUGACCCUCUGCCAUGCCAUCCAUCACUGCGCGAAGCAGAACUGGCUGCUCCUGCACAUUCCCGACGCUCACCGCUGGGUGAAGAACUGCCGAGAGCUGCUGCCGUCUUCCUACAACAAAGAGCGGUUCGACCAACCACUGGAAGCCUCGACUUGGCUGAAGAAUUUCGCAGUCACCAAUGAGCACUUCUUGAAAGAGAUCAAGACGCAGCAGAAGUACACGUGGAGUCCGCGGGAGAGCACCGAGGAGGGCAGCCCCCUGAUAAGCGUCGUUGAGCAGGGUCUGAAUCGUGUCAGAAACUCCAGCGACGUCGUGGGGGUGGUUUUGAAGGAGCUGAAGCAACAGAGCUCUAUGGGCUCCUUCAAGCUCCUGGUGGCCGUGGAUGGAGUCAACUCCCUUUGGGGAAGGACAACGCUGAAGAAAGAAGACAAGAGCGCGGUCUCCCCGGAGGAGCUGACGCUGAUCCACAACCUGAGGAAGAUGAUGACCAAUGACUGGACCGGGGGUGCCAUCGUGACGACCCUCAGCUGGACGGGGUCUGUCUUCCAACCCCGCGGAGCGUACCUGCCCAGCGAAUUGCUAGGAAAGGAGGGUUUCGAAUCCCUGGACCCCUUUGUUCCCAUCCAAGCUCACGACUACACUGACCUGGAGUUUGAGAGCUGCUACCAGUACUACCUGGAGCGCGGGUGGCUUCAGCAUGAAAAAGCCAGCACCAAUGAAGGACGGUUGGAGCUUCGCUUCCUCAGCGGCGGCAAUCCCAGAGAGUUCGAUCGAAUCAGCGCCUUCAUAUGACAGCGGCUCACUUGUACCUUUGAUGUCAUAGCCCCAAAGACCUCCCUUAUGUCCGAUUAAAAACAAAUUUGUAUUUACAAUGU